UGUGGACCAACCACGCCACUAUAUUCCAUGACCGGAGUGCGACGCGUGCCGCUUGUAGUAUGUAGAGGGAGUGGAAGGGGACUGGAAACUGAUCCCUGAACGCAGAGGCAUACGCUAGCCAUUACAGCUGAAAACUGGAGACAAGAAAAACUCUCGACUGGGAGUAAACGUACUUCUGUUAUUUGGAAUUACAUCAGUGAAGCUCUCAUUACAUCUCUGAAGUGGGAACGAAGUUAUUUGGACAAAAGCAGCUGUGAUUUGAUUCUGAAGUGUCUCCGAUGCCGCGGUGUUGAUUCCGUAGGGAGAACAGCAGCGCACACAUUCUAACCGUUUGUUCUUUUUUUACUGUCGCUCGUGGACAGCUUUCUCUUUGCCUUAUCAUGGAUGUGUAUAAAAUCCCUACCAUUGCACUCCUAGUGCUUUCGGUUUUCAACAGUGUUUCCACCGUGCAGUUUCCAACACCAGUCAUUGUGCAGGACUGGGUGGAGCGGAUGCAGAAGGAUUUGGUGUCUUUGAUUGAUGCUGAAAGUGGAGCUCAAAACCUGCCUGAGAUCUUUCGGAACUACAGGAAACAUUUCACGGUGGAGCACAAUGAUGCUCAGCAGCUGGUGGAGAGUGCCGCUACCGACAUCGAGAAGCUCCUUCUAAAUCGCUCCAGAGCUCUAAAGAAUCUGGCUUCGGCAGCAGAGGAGAUUCAGAGGAAUUAUCAGUGGCAGGAUGAGUUUGAGGAGGGUGAUGUUUCAUAUUACAAUGCCAAAGACAGUAAUGAAACGGAUACUGAAUAUCCAAAGAACCGAGUGAAACCAGUUUUCAAUCAGGACCCAGCCUUCAAACGUUUGGUGUCCUUCAACGAAACAGCUGUCCAUAUACCCACAGACAUCUAUGAAGGCUCCACCAUAGUUCUUAAUGAGCUCAACUGGACAGAUGCUCUGGUGGACGUCUUCAGAAAGAACAGAGAGGAGGAUCCUUCAUUGGUCUGGCAAGUGUUUGGCAGUGCAACUGGGCUGGCCCGCUACUACCCAGCAUCCCCAUGGAUAGACAAAGAUAAAACACCUAACAAAAUUGAUCUAUAUGAUGUCAGACGGAGACCAUGGUACAUACAAGGCGCUGCAUCGCCUAAGGACAUGCUGAUUCUGGUGGAUGCGAGUGGGAGUGUGUCUGGAAUGACACUGAGACUGAUCCGCACAUCAGUCAACGAGAUGCUGGAAACCCUCUCUGAUGAUGACUAUGUCAAUAUAGUUUCUUUCAAUGAAGAUGCGAAAAAGGCUGCCUGCUUUGACAACUUGGUCCAAGCCAACGUCCGUAACAAAAAGAUCUUGAAAGAUGCAGUGCAGAACAUCACGGCAAAAGGAAUCACGAAUUACAAGGAUGGUUUUGAUCUGGCCUUUCAACAGCUGUCGGAAAAUCUAAAUGUGACGCGUGCCAACUGUAACAAGAUCAUCAUGCUCUUCACGGACGGCGGGGAAGAGAGAGCCUCAGAGAUCUUUGAAAAGUACAAUCCGGAUAAGAGGGUGCGUAUAUUCACAUUUUCGGUGGGACAGCACAACUAUGACAAAGCACCUAUUCAGUGGAUGGCUUGCACCAAUAAAGGGUACUACUAUGAGAUCCCAUCUAUAGGUGCCAUCAGGAUCAACACACAGGAAUACUUAGAUGUGCUGGGGAGGCCCAUGGUCAAGGCCAACCAGAAGGCAAAACGGGUCCAGUGGACCAACGUGUACAUGGAUGCUCUGGAGCUGGGACAGGUGAUCACGGGAACACUUCCAGUCUUCAAUCAGACCAGAAUUAAAAGUAACAAGCAUAAAGGAAAGCCCCAGCAGAAUCCACUCAUCCUUGGAGUGAUGGCCGUUGACGUUUCACUCGAUGACAUCAAGAAGCUAACGCCACGCUUUUCAUUUGGACCAAAUGGAUACUAUUUUGCUAUUGAUCCAAAUGGAUAUGUUUUGCUCCAUCCAAACCUGAAGCCCAAGAUAACAACAUUCCAGGAGCCGCUGGCACUGGAUUUCUUAGAUGCAGAAUUAGAAGAUGAGAUUAAAGUGGAGAUCAGAAGAAACAUGAUUGAUGGCGAUACUGGUAAUCGAACAUUUACCACAUUUGUGAAGUCCCAGGAUGAGCGAUAUGUGGACCAGGGUGUCAGAACCUACACCUGGGCCCAUGUCCGUGGGACUGACUACAGUUUAGCUUUGGCACUACCAGACUACAGUCUUCACUAUCUCCGUGCAGCGAUUGGAGACACCAUUACCCAGGCCAAAUUUUCUGAGACUCUGCAGGUGGAAAAGUUUGAUGAAUAUGGAUUCACGUUCAUUGCACAAAGGGAGUACUGCACGGACUUGAGGCCCUCGAACAAUAACACAGAGUUCCUGAUUAACUUCAAUAAGUAUAUUGACAGGAACACACCCAACCACCCUCUCUGCAACAGUGCUCUGGUGAACAAACUGCUCCUGGACGCUGGGAUCACAUCAGAACUGGUCAAGAAGUGGUCAGAACAGAAGCUGAGUGACAGGGUGUCUGCUCGCUUCGUGGCCACGGAUGGAGGCAUCACACGCGUGUAUCCCAGCAGUGCUGGUCUUGAUUGGUCAGAGAGUACUUAUGAUGCCUAUGAGAUAUAUGACGUGUAUGAAGCAUACAAGACUUACAAUAUGUUUGAGACGUACGAGUCAAGUUUUUACAAAAGGAGCCUGGACAACGACCUUUACAUAUUCACACCACCAGUCUACAACCCCCGUUCCAAUGUCACAGUUGACUCAAUUCUGGUGAGCAAGACUGUGGACCUCAACAUUGAUGGUGUCAAGCUCAAACCUGCAGUGGUGGGUGUGAAGCUGGAUGUUGAGUCCUGGAUGGAGAGUUUCAUAAAUGCUACCGCUAAGACCAAUCCUGCGAUCUGCGAAGAUGAACUCUGUGGCUGUCAAAGAAAUGAUGAGUUCGUGGACUGUGUUCUCCUGGAUGACGGUGGCUUCCUGAUUAUGGCCAAUCGUGACGAUUACAUCAGACAGAUUGGGCAGUUCUUCGGAAUGAUUGACCCCUCACUGAUGAGGAGCCUGAUAAAUGAGUCUCUGUUCUCCUUCAAUAAGACGUACGACUACCAGUCCACGUGUGAACCCCAUAAAGAAACCAGAUCUGCUGCUGGCCCGCGCUCUGUUUACGUGCCCACUAUAGCAGAUAUGCUGCAUCUUGGCUGGUGGGCUUCUGCGGCAGCCUGGUCCAUCAUGCAGCAGCUGUUUGUUUCGUUGACUUUCCCAAGUUUCUUAGAAGCAGUGGACACAGAUGAGGAGCUCCCUGAUGGGGCGUCGAGGGAAAGCUGUAUUAAUGAGCAGUCUCAAUACUUCUUUGGGAACAGUGAAACGUCCUUCUUUGGUAGUGUGGACUGUGACACAUGCUUAAGGCAGUUCCAUGCCGAGAAACUCAGCGGGACCAAUCUGGUGUUUGUUAUAGCUGAUGCCAAGCUAGCCUGCCUGUCAUGUGACCAAAAACCUCUCGUCCAAGGGAAACAGCCCUCCCCUGGACCAGAUCCUUGUGAACUCGCCCUGAAUCCUCGCUACAGGAAGGGUCCAGACGCGUGCUUCGACAACAACGCAAGUGAGCAGGAUGUGGACUGUGGUGGAGUGUCUGGCCUGAGCCCCUCUCUGUGGGUCCUUGUGCUGCUGCAGCUGGCCCUGCUUGGGUUAUCGAAUGCCUCUGGACACGGGACUAUCAUGCCUAUCAUGACGACUGCUCAGUGAUGCACCUACACCGACACUACAGACUUCACCCUGCCACUUGCUUGCUUCUCAACGGUUUCUCUGCUAACUUAGACCUGUUUCAGGGUUGAGGGUAGUGCUGGAAGGAAACGAUGAUCCAACGAAGUAACCAAGAUGUAACUUUCUGAACCAAAAUGUAACUCUCUGAGCGACGGCUGAUUACUGCCCAAUGGCCUUUUGAUGAUGACGGAUAGCUGAUCAACCUGUCUGUGAUUUAGAUGACCCAUGCAAAUACAGAAAGCCUAGGCACCGCUCAUGCAGUGUCUGCACUCAAUGGAAGAUGCUUUAAAUACCUCUUUCAUUUUCUCUACCAGUAAUAUAACCACUGCCAGAAAUAGGGCUGUCCUUUUUUUGCAUUUUAAACAAACAAAUGGUAUUUAAGCAGAAUAGAUGUGAUGUUAACAGGGAACAUUUAAGUUUGCUGUCUGUCUAAAAAUGAUUAGUCUCACAGAGACAGAUAUGACUGUGAUAUGAAGUGAGUUCCCAGUCUGAGGAAAAAACCUGUUGAAAUUGGGGGCUAGAAGUGUAAGCGAACAAGGCUGGCAGGCCCCACACCUCACCUCUGCGUUUGCCUUGCUUUGAACCGAAGACCUUCAAUCCUCCCUCAAUCCCCACCCUUCAGGAGUUUGGUCUGAUUUAUACAUUUGAAAUGCCGUUUAUGCUGUUAUCAUUCCCACCUACAUGUAGUCCACAUUUCACCAUGGUUGAACAAGACGUUCACCACGCAAGAGUUAAGGGUUAAACUAGUUCAACUAAAUUUGAAGUAUGUUCACUUCCUGAUCAAUCAAGCUAUAGCUGAAACCCAUCUAGCCUCCGUUUCUCUAUUUCUGUUAUCUGCCCACGAGUGCAACUGUGUGUAUAUAUUGGCAUCCUACUGACAUGAUCAAUUUAAUGAACCAACUGGUCCUCAUCACACUGCCAGUGCCAGUGGUGGUCAGAUGGUUUUCUGGUACAGCUUCAAACAGUCCAACCCACACCAUGAACUCCCCCAACUCCACACUUACUACUUAGCUCAGACAAAUCAAACCUCUUCUUCGAUGAUCCUUCUCUAGUGUAGCCUGCU